GGCGCCGUCGUCUCCGUCGGAAUCGAUCAUGAGAGCCCCCAGUCCCUCCUCGUCUGUAGACCAACGACAGACACCGUCACCGCCGUCCCCGCCGCCCCACAGGCCUUGGCUCGGGCUCAAGCGGGCCCGCGGUGUCUGGGACUUGACGACGAUACCAUUGGAUACCGACUUUGAGGUCUCUGUCAAGCUCGUUUUCGUCUCGGAAGCAGCGCUCCAUACCCCGCCCAUCUGCGUCGACUACGUUCUCGAGUCGAUGGAAUAUGUUCGGAUCCUCAAGCGCCACAUCAGCGUGCUCAUGCCCUCGAGCACUUCCAGCGACGGACAGGAAGACGACGACCACUCCGGACCGCUCAUCUCCCUGGUCCACAACGGAGUCGAACUGGAGGAUACAUCCCAGCUAUUUGAAUACAAGAUCAAACAGGGGGACACGAUCCAGGUCGUCUGGAUAGGACCAACGCACGACCGCAAGAUCGAAGAAUAA